UGUUAGUGACACCUACUUCCUUUAAGAUGACAUAUGAACAGGCUUUCUUUUCCUGCAUCCAAGGGGCUCACCUUGUCCCCCUCCCCCUGGGAUGUGGAGCCCCACCAGGGAGAGUUGACCUUGAUCCCUGUGGGAAUCCUGAGCUUUAAAAAAGGCAGACCCUCCUCCCCCAUCCUAAUUUCUCCCUCUGCGGGGCCGAGAAUUGACACCCUAAUAAAGACUGCCUAGCAGACCUCCAGUGGAGCCGUGUUUGGGGACCAUUAAAGAAAAAAAUAUUCUAUUAAAUAGAAAAUCAUUCGUGACACUUGUUAAAAACAUCAGGGCAGACUUUAUUCAGGGGCGGGUACUACAGUGGGGUUUUGUAGUAGGGGAGAGCCAUCAGUCUUAACUCUGGAUACAGCUAGGAGAAGGGACUUGAUAGCUAAGGAGCAGGGUGGGGGCAGUGGAUGGAAAGUUGCGAAGAGGAAACACGAGGAGUAAGGAGGGUCGAGGGAGGCGGGGUCUGGCUAAACCCAGCGCUAGGAUUCUUGCUGAAGGCAAUCUCAGUGAUCAGACAUCACCUGGAAGAUGGUGAAAGAUGAGGAGCCCGCCCAAAUGUGAAGGCAGUCAGGAUUGGGGCUGGGGGGUCCUGGCUAAAAUGGCUUGGUAGGAUGCUUGCUAAAACUGCACAAUGCAGAAGGGGGCAGGGACGCUCCAAAGGCGGGGCCUAGAUGACAGCUCAGAGGAGCUGCAGCCGAGUUUGGGCCGGGAGAGACUGUCAGGCCGCCGGAACGCAGGCGAGACCCGGUCUGGCGGGGACGCCCACGGAGCGAGCUGCCUGCAGGGGGCGCGCCGGCUCUCCGCACGGGCAGCGGCCGGGGCCGGAAGUGCCGAGGCCGCGCGGGGCGGGGCGGGAAGCCCCGGCGGGAGGCUCGCGCCGGCCGGCCGGAGCUCCGCCCUGUCCCCUUACCCGGAGCACCCGGGCCGCGAGCGAGCGUGCGGGCGGCCUCCGUCCCGCGGUCAGCCAGGCGCCCCGUGCAGGUCCACGUGCCUCCCCUCCACUCUCGCCCCCGCAGGAAUUGCAGUGUGACUCCCAUGCAGUGUGACACACAGACCUGUAAUUCCUGGUGUGAUGAGAGUGGAGUUUGCUGUCCUGAAUUCGAAACGCAAGUCAUUAAGCCUGGCCCCUGACUCUUCUUCAGGAGAGAAAAGAGAGAUGGGAGACUUAAAAUCUGGGGAUAAAAAGAGGGUCCUUCCCACAUGGAUGACAGCCCAGGAGGCCGAGAAGAGAAAGGUGGCAGUGAAGACCCCCAAGGGGAGGAGACCGGCAGCUCAGGGGGCUGCCGCAGCAAGACUUGCCACAGCGAGGACCGUGUACUGCAUGAAUGAAGCUGAAAUGGUAGACGUCGCCCUGGGGAUCCUGGUUGAGGCCCGGAAACAGGAAAAGCCCUUGGAGUCUCCAACACUGGUGGGCGCUGAUAAGCCAGAGCUGUCCCCAAUCCGCUCAGCUUCGUCACCAGGAUCCCCGGGGAGUAGAAGUGAGGAUGAGGACAUUGGGAAAGACGCCCUUCCUCCAGGCCUUAGCCCUCCUCAGGGGCCCCCAGGGUCUGACUCUGCGUGCAGCGGGAGCCCUGAGGACGAUGAGGACAUGUUAAAAUAUGUCAGGGAAAUAUUUUUCAGCUAAGGGACAGACUCCCCAAGACUUUUACACAGGCCGCUGGAGGAAGCUGGCUUUCCCUCCCGGCCCGGGACCUGCCCAAGGAUACCGACGCCGCCCGGCCCCCCCCUCCCUGGGCUGGGAGAUGCACCGCGGAGGGGAAGCCCAGGAGGCUCUAGGCCUUGGGACCUGUCACGCCGAGUGUGUGGAAAGGAGGAGCCAAGAUGAGCUUCUGUUAGAAUUUCUCUCUGCACUGAGCAUCCUCUGCUCGGAGGGUCUCACUUUAUUCACUUCCCAGGUUCAGGGAAAGGUGGACAUGGGGGUCACACUUAUUGGAACCAAAGAGUCAACUUAGUAACUUUGAAAGAAGAAAGUACAGCUGCAAAGUUCCCGGGAAGCCUGACCGUUUCGUCAGCGUGAUCUCUCCCUGCAGAGGAAGCUUGUUCUGAACCGGGUUCCCCUCACCUGUGCACCCGGGAGGCAGGUGUCCCGCCCGCGGUGCCCUGCUCGGCCUGGGCUCUGGACGGGAAGGCCUCUGCCCGCCGCACUGCCGCCUUCUUCCACUCGGGCGGCUCAGCCUCGGCCCCGGGGCAGUUGUGAAGCAAGAGUGGCUCCGGAGUCCUCAGGAGACGGCAGACCAGAUCCCGCCGGAGUCAGCCUUUCUGUCUCUGUCUGGGGGGCUCCGGACAGGCGUGGAAUGGGGCUGUCGUUUGCUGUCCGGGUUUUCUGAUGUGCAGGUGCGGAGAAAUACAGUCCCCCAAGGCGAAGGUUGUGCUUUUAUCCUUGGUGCAGUUGCGGUGGAGGAGGGAAGAGGGAGGUGCAGCCUCUGUACGUCCGGGCGGCUCCGUGCGCCUUCCUCCCCUGCCCUGGGAUCUGGCGCGUUCUGUUCCCGACUCCCAGGGCACGUGCGAGGAAUGAUUUGCCCGCUGCCGCCCCGUGGCAUCUGGCUCAGGUCCAGGAGCCUUUCCAGGAGAGCCCUCAAGCCUCCGAGGCUUCUGUUUGUGCCCACGGGUUCUGUCUGUGGCAGAAGUUGUAGAAGCCAAUUCUGAGGUUGGGCCAGUCCGCGAGGUUGCCGGCCUUCCAGAGCAGAGCGUAGAACAGCAGGGAGAUGACCACCGCCGCGACGGCCAGGAGGCCCAGGAACAGCAGCUGCUCACUCCGCCUUGGCCCGGGGACGGUCAUUUUCUCCUGCCCUUCGCGCGGCUGCCUUCCUGUGACCUGAGGGAAGUCACAUCCGUCAGGGCCCAAUCUCCCUCCCGGCGUCCUCACAAGCUCAAGUUCUCCCUUCUGGAAUUCCGUAAACACCUAUGGCAACCUUCCUUCCAACCCCAGCGGGAAGAAGAAGUUGGAGGGAACCUCCAGGCAGGACCCACUCGGUGAGUCCUCAGCGGCCUCCCUGGGCCGAGCUCAGGGGAGGCCCCUUCCCCCGCCCCAGGCAGCUGGGAGGGCCUGACAUGGGCUCACUGAGGCCCUCUGAACAGGGGCUUGGCUGCACUUCCGACACCACAAACCACUGGAAACGUCUGUGAGGGGGUUUCUCAGAUCCUGACGAGGGAGGGCUUGGCGGGGGUGAAGGAGAAGCCAACAGGUCCUUGGGGGCCUGAAGAGGGGCACAGAGCUACAGGCACAGGGAUCCACGGUUCUCAGGGCAACAGCAGCACCACCGGGAGCUAGAAGAACCACCACCAGUGGGACCCCAACCAGUGCAAUCAGAACUUCUGUGGCUGGGGCCAGGCACUGACUGUUUUGGAAGCUCUACAGUGUGCCCUCAUGUGAGCUGGGGUUGAAGAGCCCUGCUCAGUGUCCUGUCCUGUGAGCCCACCAGCCCUGCGCUGGGAGUCCGGACGCGUGAAGACAAGAGGCCACCUGGUAAUGCAAUCACACAGUCCUACUCCCUACUUUAGACACUUUCUAAAGUGUCUACCGUUUUUUCCUGACAACAGUAAUUAUAGAAAUCUUGGAAAAUAAUUUUUAAAAAGAAAAAAUAUAAAAAAUAACCUUUUAUCUCACCACAUACAUAGAAGCACUGUUAAUUUUCUACCAAUAUUUUGUUUCCUAUGUGCUGGUAUAUUUUUAAAAUAAUCAUACGGUUGACCAUAAUGAUCUUCUCACUGGAUACUGUGAACCUGUUUUCAAAGCUGUUAAAUAGUCCUCAAAACCAUGACUAAUGGCUGCAUAUUAGCUCCUGUCAUAGAUUUAUCCGUGCCCCUGUCAGACAACUUGUUUCCAUUUUUCACUGUUACAAGUGACAGGGAAGAUGCUUGUAGGAUUCUGUUUUUUUCUUAAGCUAGAUCUCUAAGAGUACGGUCCCUGAGUCAAAGGCAGCAAUAUUUUUUAGUGAUUUUAUUGCCCAGCCGACCUGCAGAAGACUUAAAUGCAAUAUACACCUUCCUCAUCGUGUUUUGAAAAAUCUUUUCAAACCGUGUUUACCUCAAAGGACCCCUCCAAAUUGACCUCUACAGCAGUCGUCUGCAUACAAUACCUUUGUGUUUGCAAAUCUUCCACUUCGGAAUGACGGCCCAGAGCUCUGGAACUCAAUGCUGCCAGCCUUAGAAGACACCAGGUGUUGGGGACAAACCAGAGUGACAUCCAGCGCCAGGGACACUGGUGUAGCCAGAGGGUAGCGUCUGGAGGGUCCCCGGGGAGGAGCAGCCCCUCCCUCUUUCCCACAGCUGACUGGAAGGAAGGGGUGUCUGACCACAUCCCUUAUUUGUUUUGCAAGAACAGAAAGUGCCCAGAGGGAGAGAAAGGACACGUACUUGGGAACAGGAUAUGGGGCCGGCCUGAGGGAGGGGGGACUGUCCUCGUGUCCCUGGGCCACUGCACCAGACACCACAGACUGGGCAGCUUAGAAACAGCAGACUCGGCUCUGGAGGCUGGGACGUCCGAGAGGUAGGUACUGGCUGAUUUGGUGGCUGGUCAGCCUACCUCCUGGUUCAUAGACGGACAUCUUUGGCUGUGCCCUCACAGGACGGAAGGGACAAGAGAGCUCUCUGGGGCCUCUUGAUUUUCUUCGGGGGGCUCUUCCACGAGGGCUCUGCUGUGAACCUAAUCACCUCCCAGAAGGCCUCACCUCCUGAUACCAUCCCACCGAGCUUAGGCUUCAACAUGUGAAUCUGGAAGGUCACAAUCAUUCACUCUAGCAGGUGGCUGCCUUCAGAGGACAAACACGGAGAAUAAAGAUUUAUCAGCAACUCCUUUGGCAGAGAGCGGGGCCACUGCCUGGGGGUGAGGCUGGGGCCCAAUAGAACAGAAACAUCAAGCUGUGGGGGCAAUGAGGUUUUGAGCCUGUGAGCACCUGCACACAGGCCCCUGCCCAUGGCUUCUCCAGGGGAGCUCGGAGAUGGGAGAGCGCCGGGCUAUCCCCGAGGAGGCCCCUCCUUCCAUAGUGUGUACUGACCAGAGUCUUGGGAAGCCUGAAUUAAUGAAAACAGGAGGCUGAGGCCGUUUGAAUGCAGUUGGAGCUUUGUGCUGCGACAGACAGCAAGACUUACCAGGUAAGACAAAGGUGUCUUUAGGCCCGGUGUUGUGAGAUUAGCAUAAUGGGGGUUCUAACCAGUCUGGCCUGUGGUGCAGGGGGCGUGGGGGGUGCGGGACAGGGCGAGGCAGGGAAUCCCCAGCAGGAGGGUGUUUUGUAUGGUUUUGGAUAUUUAACAAAUGCUUGUAAAAACCUGUAUCUGUGUUUUUAGUGGGUUUAGGUAUCAGGGUGUGGAGAGGAUUUCCAGGGCUGGAACCCUGAUUUGAACAAGUGUGCUGCAGAAAGUGAGGUCUGGCCUGCCUCCGCUGCCUUGGACCCAGAGGUUCUCAGCUGAGAGAGAAACAAACUGCAGCUGGGAAGCCCAGAAGUGGGUCUGCGGAGAAGGUGGUCGCCCCGGCGUCUCUUCUCCCCCCCCCCCCCCCCUUCACAGGCGCAGAGUUCAGUCGCAGCUCCUUCGCCUGGAGUUCGGGGUCACGGCCCCCUGGUGCCCCUCUGAACUUGCACUUCUCUCCGAGGGGGGCCUGCUCCCUGUGCUCUCCACCCUUGCUGUGCUCAGGCACCCCCCACCCCACUGCUGAAGUCCGACCCUGUUUUCUGCCUCUAAAUCCUCCGGAUACCGGCUCCCUCUAGUUUGCUCUCCGUUUUGUCCCAAAUGUGGGGUGAUACACACUAGGAACUUUUGAAUGAAUGAAUGAAUGAGGAAGGGAGGGAGGAAGGGCCCUGUGGCAUCCGUUAGGAAUCUCAGGCACGUGUCCUAACAAGCCAGCAAAGCUGCUUGAGGUGAGGGGCGGGCUGUGUUUGGUGUCUUGGACCUGCGGUGCACAGUGCUGGGCCUCCUGCUGCUCGUGUCCUGUGUCCUGUGGGACACUUGGACAGGCUUCAGGACCUCGUGGACUAAGGCUGGAGGCUGGUUCUAGCUUCUUUGUCUAAACGUCUCCAAGUGAACGCAGAUGGAUGUUCGGCUACAAAAGCCUGUGGCCCUCUCCUCUGCUGCGCCAGGAGCCCAUCCUAGCUUUUUUGGCCUUUAACGAUCCUAGCAGUCACAUUCUCGCCGCCAUGAGCUUUUUCAUUCCCUUUCACAGUAAGCCUUGCUUCCUUCAGAGGGGAACCCAGCAGACUGCUGCGUCACUGCUGCUCUUUUUUAGCUGAACUUUUCCCCGUUUAUAAUAAAGCAAUAGAUGCCGAUCGAAGAAAACUAGAAAAAUAUGCAAAUGACUAAAAAUCACCUGUAACUUCAGGUUGAA